UUGCUAUGAUAACACAGAAAUUUCAAUUUGUUACAUAACAAACGUUGCGAAUGCAAUGUGUAAAUCUGUACCGAGGAAGAGAUUCAUCUUCAUUCUUUUUUUUGUGACUAAAGUGAGAAAUACCUUCGCGGGCAGAGUUACAAGGCACUUUAACUUUUCCCCCAAACAAAGUCUCGUUACAACUAGUGGUUUUUCCGGCGCGCGUGAAGAAGAAGAAAAAUAAAAACAGUUCUCAAACGAACUUUGCGAAACAGAGUAGUUAUUGAUGAUCGGCGAGAACGGUGCAAACUGUGAGAGAAAAGGAGCAGAACAGAACAGAAGUGAAAGAUCGUCGUCAACUGGGUAGAGAGUGAGAGAAGUCGAAGAGCUGUUGUUGUUGUACAAAUGAGAGAACAUACACUGAAAACACCAGAAGCCAGAAAAGAAGGAAGGGAGUUGUCUUCAAAGCGAGUGAGGCACACUCUCGACCAGUUAUAAUAGCACGGUUCUUCGAGUGGACGGACAGACAGAUACACUCUCUGUAGUCGCGCGACAAAUCAAAAAAAUCAGAAGACAAAAAUUGGUACAAAGUCUUCGGGGACUUGGUGAAGGUGUGCUCUUGUUUGUUGUGCGAGAGGGAAGAACCGAAAUAACCAUGGCCGUGUCCAUCACCAACGGCCGAAACCUUCUUCUGAUCGUCCUUUUGGGAUUAGCUGGAAACGCGAAUUCCGCCGAAUACCUGGGGAAAUUUUUGGGAAAACUGACUGAACUGCAUCACGGCGUUUCCGGCGAAGUGUACGCAGUCGACUCGAGAACUUUACACAUCAAGGACUUCACGUACGAUGGACAAGGACCAGCGGCCUACUUCUUCGCCGGAAACUCCCGUUCCCCGGGAAACACCGGCUUCCGGAUCCGCGACGAGAACGGAAGUCCGGAAGUGCUGAGACGCUACAGAAAGGAAGGCGUCACCAUUACCCUUCCGGAUGGAAAAACACUCAACACCAUCAAAUGGUUCUCGGUCUGGUGCGAAGAAUUCGAGGUUAAUUUCGGAGAUGUUAAGAUCCCGAGGAACUUCGACUAUCCGAGACCGCAGAAGAUCGACGCUCUGCGAGGUGUUCACGCCGUGAACUCAGACAACAUCGUCAUCGUCGACGCCCAAACUUUGCUCGUACCGAACCUGUCCUACGAUGGAGAAGCCCCAGAUGCGAAAUUCUGGGUGGGAAGCGGCUCCAAACCCAGUCCUCAAGGUAUCAGAGUUCCAGACGAAAACGGUAAAAUCAUGCCUCUGAGGAAGUACGAUAGGAAGACGGUGGUUUUAACUCUUCCCGGUGAUUUAACCGUCUUCGACAUCGGUCACUUCGGUAUCUGGUGUGAAGCCUUCACUGUGGACUUUGGACACGUCCAGGUUCCGCAGAGUCUCAACAUUCCACCGUCUCUGAAGAUGCUCGGCGUCAGCCCUCAGUCGAAAUUGAAUUGCGAGGUUCUUCACGACGAUUUUGCGUUCGAAGUCAGAUGGGCCGUCGCAGGGGACAGCAUCGUCCUCCAGCUCGUCUCCAAAUUAGAAAAUCGUGAGUACAUGUCUUUCGGUGUAUCCGGAGAGGAUGAGAGGAGUGCCAUGGUCGGCGGAGAUGUAGUCGUUGCGUGGGUGGACAAGGAGACACUGAAAGGAUACGCAGAAGAUUAUCACCUGGAUGCUAAAUCGCAAUGUUCGGGAAAGAAAGGCUCGUGUCCGGAUACAAGAAUAUCCGAUAACACCAACAAUAUUAGAUUGUUGAACGCUGCCAUGGUGAACGGUUAUUCGAUUGUUACGUAUCAGAGGCCGCUGCGACCAUCCGAUCAGUACGACAAGCAGAUUUUCACCAACCAAUCGCAACCGGUCAUCUGGGCGUUGGGACCUCUGAACCAGAGGAACGAAGUGUCCUUCCACAGCCAAUUCAACAAGAAGGACAAAUUCAUCGAUUUCGGCAGAGCCGCGAAAUGGAACUGUCCGAUGCCGGAGGGUGAUCAGCCGCCGAUGAAACCUGUAACUGCGAAGACACCAGUGCAGCAACCAGUGCAGCAGACUUACGUCGCUGAAGAGGAAGAACAUGAGGAAGAGGUUAUAGUUCAAGAGCCUCCGAAGAGGACGAGGAACAACGAGAGGAGGAGAGGACCGAAUCGUUCGACUACUGAAGUCAAGGAUUCGGAGAAGAGCGCAUCUAGGACGAAGAACACGGAGAGGAGGAGACCAGUCCCUACGCCGAAGCCGGUGUCCAACAGGAACGCUUGGGACAUCCCAGCGAUUCAAUGCCACGAACCGGAUGAUGGUGUCUUCUACGCGCAGAUGGGACCAACCGGUGGUAAAAGAGGAUACCCAGCAAUCACAGGUCAUGUAGGCUGGGGAAUCUCCUGGUACAUCAACGGACUCCUCAUCCCAGAAAUCAACGUGGUCAGAGGAAAAACUUACACCUUCGUGGUGGAGGGAGGCUUCGAUCCGGAAACUCCAGCCAAAUACCAUCCGUUCUACAUCACCGACGAUUCCGUGGGAGGAUACGAACAUAAGACUGACGAAGAGAAAAAGAGCGUGAAGAUCUUCGCUGGUGUCAGGAAGGCCAAGGAUGGAAGCGCUCAACCGACUGGAGUGGGCAGACUUUGCCACUGGACCCAUCAAGGUGAUUCCGAUGCUGAUGACUUUGAAUCCUUCGGUGCUUACCAGAGGACUUUGGAGCUGAAGUGCGAUCAGGGUGAACCUGGAGUCAUCCAGUGGACUCCCGACAAGGAUACACCUGACACUGUUUACUACCAGUGCUUCACGCACAGAUACCUCGGCUGGAAGAUCAACGUGUUGGAUGAUUGCGAUGCAGAGGGAGCGGCCAGCGAGAUCGUCGAGGAUUUAGCAGACGCACCUUCGAUUCGCGUUGAAACGCGAGUCAAACCCAACGGUAUCGAAGAGGUCAUCAACAAGGAGGAAGAAACCACGACGAAAAUCUCCUUCUCCUACAUGGAUUUAGAAGCGACGAAACCGGCCUUCAUCCAAGAGCUGCCCAAGAUGGAAAUGGAUAAAGUCUUCAAUCCGGAGGAAGAAUUGAAGAAACCCAUCAAAGUGAGGAGACCCGUCCCGAUGAACAUUCGCCCACCGUUCGUUGCGAAACCUCAGAGACCCAUGCUGCAACGGAUGCCACCGAAGAAACCUUACUACAGACCGGCGAAACGACCCAUCGUCAUGAACCAUCGCCCGAUGGUGAUGCUGAAGCAACCUAUGGUGCACGUACCAAAACCCAUGGACAUCGAGAUCUCACCGAAACAGGCUUCCACCGAGAAAGAACCGAACGGUCAAACGGAAAAAUCAACAAUCAUGCAGCAGAACGUCCAAUACGAAGUGAUGAGACCGGCAAUCAACACCGGCUUCAAUCCGGCUUCGGUGGUCAUCGAGAGCGGAUUCAAACCAAUCAUCACGAAGGAAAUCGAGCACAGGAUGGUCGAGGAAGAAGGACCAGAAUUGGAGUUCGAAAGCGAAGUUGGAAUAAUCGACGAGACAGCUACAAACAACACCAACGAAAACCAGAAACCGACCGUCUUCUUCGAACCAAUGUUCAUACCAUCACCGACGAUAGACGUGAAGAAAUCGAAAAAGAAGUCGCCUCUGUUUUCCGCGAAGCAACCGAGGAACGUCAGAGAUGAAAGCAUCGAAACGUCUGCAAACGAAAGAGUCGAAUCUUAUUAUCUACCACCAGCAAAUCAAAGAAUGAAACCUAAAGUAGUGGAAGAAGCGCCGAGCACCGUCGUCACCUACGACGGUAAAAAGUUAUCCGGAUCGAGUCUCACCGUCAGAGCCGGAGACCAGAGAAGCGUUCUAGGUGGAAGAUCUUCGAAAGCCACCGAAUACCUCAAAGCGCGUCCACAAUUCCUUCCGUUCAAAGGGGAAUUACCACCGUUGAACCAUCGCGUGGACCCGAACGCUCCGCAAUUGCAAACCAGAGUGCUGAACAGGCAACUGGACACUCCGGUGCAACCGGUGACGAAGCUGAAACUCAUCAGAAACCUGGAAGAAGACGAGGACAAAAUCGAAGACUCGUUAAGAACGAGAACGAGAAGAUCGGCACAUCACACGGAAGAGCACACGAUGGAGAUGAUGGCAAAGACGAGCGCUUCAGCAACUCUCACACCAUCCACAAAAGCCCUCUCGAUCACAAUCUUAGCCGCACUUCUACUUAAAUUAUAAUUAUACAAAACUACAACAAAAUAAUCGUAAUGAGAUCUAAUUAAUUAGUUUAAUUAGUACGUAAAUUUAUCAUUAGGUAAAACAAUAUUAUUAUUUUAUUAGGUUUUUAUCAGAAGAAGAUGUAGAAAAACCUGUUUUUAUUUAAUU